AUGUCCAGCGCCGAGCACCACGACGACGAGCUUGCCCCCGAGCAAACCGAGGGCUUCAAGGUCGGCGAGAAGAAGACGAUCGACGAGUAUCAGCAGCUGGCUCUGUGGAUCUUCCUGCAUGUCUUGUCUGAAAAUUCCAAGGUCAUCGAGCCAGCCGCGGAAGAAAGGCAAGCUGUCAUUGUCCAUUCAGCUCACCGUUGGGCCGAGAACGGCAGUCGUAUCCAGCCAGGCCAGAAACACCUCGACGGCUUGCUCUUCGUUUCUGUGAUUGAGCCUUCAGAAGCAGACGGAGACAGCCCGAGCAAAGAGCAGACCAGCGAGCAGCCGCCCAAAGGAGAUGACUCAAACCCGGUGGAGACAGUCCCAAAAGAGAACAACUCUGAUUCGAAUCCGCCGGGAGAUGGCUCUGGAGGCUCGGGUGGCUCUGGGGGCUCGGGUGGUGAUGGCUCGGGUGAUGAUGGCUCAGGAGGGAAGGGUGGUGGUGAAGGAUCUGGGAGCGCCUCCUCCAGGAAAAAAGACAAAAAGAAAGAUGAAGGGGACAAUGAAGAGGAACAGCGAGACCCACCUCACGAGAACCCUCACGAGAACCCUCACGAGAACCCUCACGAGAACCCUCACGAGAACCCU